CUGACGGCCUCGGUCACUACCCGUCCUGCCUGCAUACCAUCACCACCUGCCUGGAAGGGCCCACUGCCAGCAGCCGUUCUGAACGGGCCUAUCACCAACGGCCUCCAGAACGCCCCCUCCGCUUCUGCAGAGCUGCCGGCACUCGAGCAGCUAGUUCCCACGUUCCCUACGGCCAUGGAGGACUCCACUGAGACGCUCACGGACGAAGCAGAGGUCCCACCAACGCUGCCCCCUAGAAUCAGAGAAAGUCUAGGCCAGCCCAAAGCCACAGAAUGGGCCUUACCCGAGACCCAGCGAGAGGAGAGAGAGGGGAAGAGGACCGAGAGUAUGAGUGGUAGAAACUUAGUGCCUCUGAGAGAGUAUGUGGUAGCAGUACCAACAUCAGAAGAAGCAGCAUCCUCCGCCUCCACAGUGCCCCCUGUUGACAACAGCCAGGCUGUGGCAUUGCGACGCCCGGUCUCCCAGAACCAACUGCGUGUCAGUGAGGAGCUGUCUCUGCUGGGCUCUCACUGGGACAGUGUCCAGGGCAUGGUCCAGUCUGCCUGCAGCACUGCUGCCAGCCACUCUGGCCUCUCAGCCAACCUCUCGUCAGGCUUCUGUCGUGCCCUCCAGCCCACGGCCUACCAGAGCCGACGCCUGGCUGGCAAGCUACUGCGCACCCAGGGCAUGGCCGUGCCUAACGGGGGUUGGCAGUACGGCCGAAGGGAGAGGGAGGAGAGGGUUCGCUCCUCGGCUCCAGCCCCAGUCAGCUCCAGCCCUGUCAAGUCAGGGUCCAGCUGGCUCUCUGCAGUCAGAAGCAGCUCGGGCUACGCUGCCAUCAUGGGCCCAACCACCACCAGCUCACCCCCAACCUUUUCAACCUGCCAACUCCUCCCAGCCUCCCCUUGCUCCUCAGCCUCCCCCCAGCCCCACCCGGCCUACCUGGAUGAUGAUGGUCUGCCGGUGCCUGUGGACGCCGUGCAGCAGCGCCUCAGGCAGAUGGAGGCGGGGUAUAAACAGGAAGUGGAGGUGCUGAGAAGCCAGGUGCGCCAGCUGCAGAUGAGGCUGGAGAGGAAACAGUACAGCACACCGCCCUCCGAGCCUGACGUCGACUACGAGGACGACAUUACUUGUCUGCGUGAGUCAGACGACAGUGAUGAGGAGGACAGUCUGUCAGACCACAGCGAGGACCGUUUCUCAGAGGGCAGCUGGGACAGAGUGGAGCAGAAGGACACAGAGGUCAGCGUUCCUCAUAGUCUACUGCAGGUCACGAGGUGGGUGCCUGAUCACAUGGCCUCUCAUUGUUUCAACUGUGACUGUGAAUUCUGGAUGGCCAAGAGACGUCAUCACUGCAGGAACUGUGGCAAUGUGUUCUGUAAAGACUGCUGCCAUCUGAAGCUGCCCAUCCCAGACCAGCAGCUGUAUGACCCUGUGUUGGUGUGUAACGUCUGCUGUGACCUGCUGCUGGAGGCUAGGAACAGAGAGAUCCGCAGCCAGCAGCUCAAGAAGCCCAUCGCCACAGCCUCCAGCUGAGAGACCAGAGAGAGAGAGAGAGCCCUUUACUGAAUGGCUCAGUCUGGCCUGGCUCGGCUCAGUUCAGUUAGGACCUGGAUCAGCACCAUCUUGGGUCAGCUUUGGACAGAUAUGAGCCAAGUGCCCCAUUCCCACUACCCUAACAUGGUCUGGUCUUGGCUGUGGGGGGGGGGGGGGGGUGAGAAGGACUUGUUGCUCUGUGGGAGGGAGGCAAAGCUUGAGAAUGGAGAGAGGCCAUUGACUGCUGGGGAUGAGAGACACUGACUGGAGUAGAAGAGGGGAUGGUUGAAUGAAAUGUAGGAGGAAGAGGAGCAGAUGUUCUCCCACUGAGUUUAACCCCUUUUGGUCAAACACAUAUAACUUGGAAGGAAGGCUUCAGUGCCCUGCCCUGUCCUCACCUGCCCUGUCCUGCCCUGUCCUCACCUGCCCUGCCCUGCCCUACCCUGUCCUGCCCUGCCCUGCCCUGCCCUGCCCUGCCCU